CUCAUGUCUUGUGGGAUGGGGGGGAAAAAGCACUUCAGGGACAGCGGAGAGAAGAUGCUAAGAGCGGCUCCUCAGCCAUUGACGGUGCAGCCCCGCGCGGUCGCCAGGGGGCGCUGGGCCACCGCACGGGCCUCGGCGGCGGCCAUGGGCGAAGCGGAGAGCUCGGCCGGGGCGGCGGAGGUGAAACCCCCUUGCUCUGGCCUGGGCCCUGGGCCUGCUCCGGCCGCGAUGGAGCCCGGCUCUCAAGCAUCGUCAGAGGACGCGGCGGCUGCGGCGGCCGCUAUCGCUUCGGCCGCGAUGGCAGCCACGUCGGCGGCUCCGCCGCCCCCUCCGCCCCCGCCGCUGCUGCCCGUGCCGGUGGUGUGGAGCCCCGAAGUGGAAGUGUGCCUCUUCCACGCCAUGCUGGGCCACAAGCCCGUCGGUGUGAAUCGCCAUUUUCAUAUGAUCUGUAUCCGAGAUAAAUUUAGUCAGAAUAUUGGGAGGCAAAUUUCUUCCAAAGUUAUCUGGGAUCACUUGAGCACGAUGUAUGACAUGCAGGCACUGCACGAGUCGGAGAUUCUUCCUUUCCCUAACUCAGAAAAAAACUUCAUCCUCCCUGAAGAAAUUAUUCAAGAAGUAAAAGAAGGUAAAGUGAUGAUUGAAGACGAUGUGAAGGAAGAAAUAAAGGAAGAGAUGGAAGCGCACUCAGCUGCCGAAGAAGUAUACGCUUCUCUUGGGAACCUGACAAAGACCAUCGAAAAACCCAGCAGCAAAGAGAAGGAAAGAAGCUCCUCGGAGUCUGGAUCCAAAGAAGGAGGAGAUAAGAGAAAGCGGAACAGAGUCACAGAGAAGGUCUUAAAUGCAAACAGCAACCCCUCCAGUCCCAGCGCAGCCAAAAGGCGCAGGACAUAAAAGAUGGCAGAACAACUCUGGAGCGUAUCCUGAAGUCUGAACAGGGGAAAAAAUUGUAGGUCCUAGCUAGCCCAUCGGUGUUGAACGGGGGAGACAAAAGUGAGAUAAACUGGUCAUCACCCCUCUAAAAGGAAGCAAAUGGUAGCUCUGUCCUCCAAAUUUUAGGAAGAGAGGGAGGCUUUACAGCAAAUGCCAAACAAGUCUGGCAUUUAUUUGUUGCCGUCAGAUGCAAACACUUAGUCUCAACAACUGGAUCUGUGGGAACCAAGGAGCAUCGGGAUUUUUAUUUACAUUUUUAGAGACUUCUAUGUUUCGAACUGGGGUUGGCUCACCUUGGCGACUGCAGCACAAUUUUUGAUAACAGGAAUCGGAACUUGCCAAAAGCAACUGAGUUUAUACAUCCUGGGAUCAGUCAGGCAUGUUGCCUGGUAGCAGGAGAGAGAGUUCCCUGUACAUUUGUGUAUAUAUAUAUAUAUAUGUGCAGGUUUUUUUUUAUUAUUCAUUAUUUAAUUUACUGAUCGUUUUUAAAGAAGAAAAAGUAUUUUUUUGCAGAAAUUCUUAAAUAGAGGUUCGGGUAACUUUGCUAUUUAAGCUAUUUUGGAAGUAAGUUUAGUUUUUACUUGAAAACGUGCUGAGUUUAUAUGCACAGGUGUUAAAAGUCAAACUCUUAGUGUUCCUGUAUGAUCCUAUCGUAACAUUUCCUUCUCUGAGUUGGGGGGAGGGGAUUUAGAAAACACCUUUUGUAAGAAAAACAGUAACAGGGUAACAUUCAACAUUCUGUUUGAAUAAAUUUCUGCUGUUCGAUAAAAUGAGUUCCAGUCCAUUUUGUGUUUCAUUCCAACGCCUUUCAUUUUACAAGCCUACAUGAAGUCAGGUUUGUUACUCUGAGUUCUAAGAAUAGCUCAAUUUAUGAUCAGCUUUAAUUCUUGCAAGCAGCCUGUGAUCUUUUUCUUCCCUCUAGGCCUCUGUUGAUUGCUCAUCAAUGCAACACAGUUCACUGUAAUUGAGCCUGAAAUGGAGACAUGUGCCUGUGGAAAGGGGGUGACUGUUAAAAAUUUGGAACUAGUUCAUAAGACCCUUUUUCCAGGUAGGUUGUAAUUUCAAACAUUCACGAAGCAACCAGUCAUAAAUCGAGGAUUAUCUGUGUUCUUAACUGACCGUAGUAUUUGUUUUAACCUCUCCCAGAGUGGUGGAUGGCCUUUAGAAAUGGCCUUAAUAAGUUAUCUCUAAAAUCUUGUGGCUUUUGAAUGUUGAGGAACUGCAUUCAUUUGCAUCCAUAGCAGUGGUGGAAUUCAAAUAUUUUUUACUACAGGUUCUGUGGGUGUGGCUUGCUGGGUGUGGCUUGCUGGGAAGGAUACUGCAAAAUCUCCAUUCCCACCUCACGGGGGCCAGCCAGAGGUGGUAUUUGCCGGUUCUCCGAACUACUCAAAAUUUCCUCUACCGGUUCUCCAGAACCUGCCAGAACCUGCUGAACAGCACCCCUGGUCCACAGGGCCAAAAUGCGUAACUGGGUCAGGUGAUGUGUAUCAUGGCACCAGAAAUCAAAACCUCCAUGCCUUAACAUUUACAAAUCCAACAUUGUUGUGUUCCGCCAGCAGCCUGCGGAUAGUAAAAAAAAAAUUGAAACCCACCACUGUAUUAAACGUAUAGAGUUUUUUUUUUUUAAAAGGCUCGCAAUAUUAUUCAGACUAGUUUUUCUGCUAUAAAAUUAAGUACAGGUAGUCCUUAACCUAUGGCCACAAUUGAGCCCAAGAUUCCUGUUGCUGAUCAAGAGAGUUAAGUGAGUUUUGUCCCACUUUUACGACUUCUCUUGCCACAUUUGUUAAGUGAAUCACUGCAGUUGUUUGGUUAGUAACGGGGUUGUUAAGUGAAUCUGGCUUCCCCCCACUGACUUUUGCUUUGUCAGAAGGUCACAAAAGGGGAUCACAUGACCCUGAGUUGCUGCAAUGGUCAUAAAUACGAGUCAGUUGCCCGGCAGCUGAAUUUUGAUCACGUGGCCAUGGGGAUGCUGCAACGGUCAUGAAUCACAUUUUUUCAGUGCCAUUGUAAUUUUGAACGGGUCACUAAACGAACUGUUGUAAGUUGAGGACUAUCUGUACUUUGUGCCAUUUUCUUAUUCUUCAGCUCAGAAACAAUACAGAUAUACCUGUAGUUGCAAUCUCCUCACAUCUAGGUAGUUCUUGAGUUACGAACCAACAAAAUUUAUGUUACUGAGUGAAACAUUUGUUUAGCGAGUUCGCCCCAUUUUACGACUUUUACGACCACUGUGGUUAAGUGAAUUAUUGCACUUGUUAAGUUAGCAUCACGGGAAUCUGGAUUCCCCAUUGACUUUGCUCUUCAGAAGGUCACAAAAGGGGAUCACAUGACCCUGGGACAUUGCAACCAUCAUAAAUAUGAACUAGUUGCCAAGCAUCCAAAUUCUGAUCACGUGACCAUGGGGAUGGUGCAAUGGUCAUAAGUGUGAGAAAUGGUCAUAAGUCACAUUUUUUUCAGUGCCGUUUGAACAGUCACUAAAUGAAUGGUUGUAAGUCGAGGGUUACUUUGAUCUGUGGAAUGGAAAGAUCUGCACAUUGGGGAAACAAAACAACCACUUCAUAAACGCAUGGCACAACAUAGGAGGCCAAACCCAUCAGGACUAGAUUCAGCAGCCCAUCUGAAUCUAAAUUUGCAUUUAAAAGACAAAGGCAGCAUUUGAAGACAGCAAAGUCCACAUUUCGGACAGAUAGUUUGAAAGAGGGUUCCAAGAGGCCAUCUGUAUCAAAACUGAACAGCCCACUCUCAACAGAGGGGGAGGGAAAUGACAUCAUCUAUCUCCAGUCUACAACACAGUCUUUUCAAAUUGUUCCAAGAAGGCUCCUGCACACCCAUUUGCACUACUCAAGUGAAACCCUGAGGACACAGAUAAACCUCCAGGUGGAUAAAUCAGCUUAAUGAAAUACCGUGUUUCCCCGAAAAUAAGAACCUGUCUUAUUUUUUUUUUAACCCUCAAAUAAGCGCUUGCCUUAUUGCCAUGCGCUCAAAAACCCGAUUGGGCUUAUUAUCAAUGUCUUAUUUGGGGGAAAACGGUCGUUUUUACCCAACACAUCUAAGAUAAAGUGGCCACAGAGGCAGAGUUAGAUACAGAUUAGCAGAGCUGGAAGGGUUCUUGUAGGUCAUCUAGUCCAACCCUUCCCCACCCCAUAAAGCGGCCACGCAGGAAGAGUUAGAUACAGAUUAACAGAGUUGGAAGGGGUCUUGUAGGUCAUCUAGUCCAACCCUCUUGCUCACCCCCGCCGAAGCAGGAGACUUUUCUGACAGAUGGCAGCCCAGUCUCUCCCGCCCAGUUGUCACCACUCGUUACAGUAAAAGAGAAUGGAUUCGC